GCCUCUGGGGGACGUAUAUCGGGGCAGUGCAGGCGGCCGUGCGUUCUGUGAGGCUCAUCCUGCAUGGACCCGUCGCCAUGAGCAACAAGGAGAUGGUUUCCACGGAGACAGAGAACAGAGGCCAGAGGAAGGUGUUUGUUCCCAACAAGCUGCUCGAGUGUCUUCCCAGUUCUUCCAGUCUUCCCAGUGAGAGGCUGCGCUGGAACACCAACGAGGAGAUCGCCUCCUACCUGAUCUCCUUCGACAGACAUGAGGAGUGGCUCUCCUGCAGCCUGAAGACCAGGCCCAAGAACGGCAGCAUCAUCCUCUACAACCGCAAGAAGGUCAAGUACCGCAAGGACGGCUACUGCUGGAAGAAGAGGAAGGAUGGGAAGACCACCAGAGAGGACCACAUGAAGCUCAAGGUCCAGGGCAUGGAGUGCCUCUACGGCUGCUACGUCCAUUCCUCCAUCGUGCCAACAUUCCAUAGGAGAUGCUACUGGCUGCUGCAGAACCCUGACAUCGUGCUGGUCCACUACCUGAACGUGCCGUCCCUGGAGGAUUCUGGGAAAUGCAGUCCUCUGCUGUGUGCCGUGUCCGACCGCCAUGACAGCCUGAGGUGGAGCCGAGAUGACCUGCUGAGCCAGCUGAAGCCCAUGUUCCACAGUAUGAAGUGCUCCGUGGGUUCGGGUGACUUCAGCAUUGAGGAGCUGGUUCAGCACAUCCUGGACCGACAGAGAACCAAACCACAGCCAAGGACACACACCUGCCUCUGUAACACCGUCCAGGUGUCUUCAGGAGUGAACAUUCCCCAUCGCUGUAACAGCACCAAACACCGCAUCAUCUCCCCCAAGCUGCCGCCGUCCUGCCGGCCGACUCCAUCACCGCUGUCUGAGCUGGGGGAGGCCGGGAGGACGGGAGGAGACGCCAAGCUGCCUCACCUGCAGGCCCAGAGCAGCCCAGCCUCGUCCCCAUCCUCCAGUUCGGCAUCGUCCCCCCCUCAGCCCCACAGAGCCGCCAUCACCGUGAGUAACCACGGCAACGGCUUCUAUGGAGACCGCCACAGCAACCUGACGACAGUGGCGCUGCCCCAGAAUGCCGUCAUCGUCAUGGCAACGACGGCCACUACCAUCGCAGGGGGAGGAGGCGGAGGAGGCGGGGCUGGUUGUGAGGAGGCGGGGCCGACGAGGAGCCUGUCACUCACCCGCUCUGGACAGCUGCUGCUCUCCCCUGCCCUCCCCCCUCCCUCUACGACCGCUCCCGCCUCCCCCUCCCCUCCCUCCUCCUCCUCCCCCGCCCCCCCGGCCCUCCCCCCUCCUCCCCAGCCGCCAGGCGUGGCCACGCUCUCCCUCACCCUCCUCCCCUCCCCCGUCAUCGGAGGCCUGCUCCUCACCCCUCCCCCUGCUGCAGCCCCUUCCCCUCCGUCUCCCCCCUCAUCCCCCUUGUCAUCUCCCCCCUCUCUCCCCCCGGCCUUCGACCCCGACUCCUUCCUGAACUCCCCCAAACAGGGGCAGACGUACGGCGGCCCCCCCUCCAGCCCCUCAACUGCCCUCUGCGCCUCCUCCCCCCUGUCUCCCCCCUCCCUCGCCCUCUCCCUCUCCCCCACUUCCACUCCUCCCUCCUCUGUCUCACCCCCAUCGUCCCUCUCCUCCCUCUCCUCCUCGGAGGCGGACCGCAGAGACUCCGCCCCGUCAUCCUCACCCCUCUCCUCCUCCCUCCCUCCCUCCCUCUCCCUCUCGCUGUCCCCCACCUCCUCCGUGGCUCCGCCCCUCCUCCCCCUCUGUCUGGAGCUGGGAGGUCUGGGGGAGUCGGAGAGAGGCCGAGGGGAGUCUGGUGGUGAGGGGGAGGUGAUGGAGCGGAGAGUUGAUGAUGAUGAUGAUGAUGAUGAAGGAAGGGCUCCGCCCACCAAGCUGGCGCUGCUGCAGACAAGCCCCGGCUCCUGCAGCUCGUCUCCACGACAACAGACGACCAGCUCCGCCUCCCUACUCCUUGUCUGCCAGGACUCGGCCAGCCAGCCAGCCAAUCAGACUCAGCUACAGGCUCCUGAAGCCCCACCCCCAGCUGAAAUCUCCCAUCAGCCCCUGGUGCUGCAGAAGCCGGUUGCUCUAAGCUCCGCCCCCGACAUGCACCCUCCCACCUCCCCGAUCCAGGUGAAGGAGGAGAGCGGACAGACCUUCGAUGCCGAGGACACCCGCAUGGACACGCACCUGUCGGAGGAGGCGGAGCCCUGUGAGCGCGGGGGGGAGGAGCUGGACAUCUCCUUCGACAGCCAGUUCCCCGACCUCAUCUCUGACCUCAUCACUGAGGAGGCCAAUCCUGUCGCUGCUCCACCCCCCGCCGUGUUCCCGGUCCGCUACAUGGUGCCGCCCCAGCCCUCCCCCUCCUCCUCCUUCCUCCCCUUCCCUCACCCACUGCCCUCCUCCUCCUCUUCCCGCCUCUCCACCAUCACAGACUUCUCACCGGAGUGGUCGUACCCCGAGGGGGGCGUGAAGGUUCUGAUCACCGGGCCAUGGAGCGAGCCGGUGGGUCGCUACUCCUGCGUGUUCGACCAGAGCACCGUCCCCGCAUCGCUGAUCCAGCCCGGAGUCCUGCGCUGCUACUGCCCCGCCCACGAGGCCGGCCUGGUGUGUCUGCAGGUCCUGGAGUCCGGAGGUUCUGUCUCUUCGUCGGUUCUGUUCGAGUACCGGGCGAGGAACGCGAGCUCUCUGCCCAGCUCUCAGCUAGACUGGCUCUCAUUGGACGAUAAUCAGUUCAGGAUGUCCAUCCUGGAGCGUCUGGAGCAGAUGGAGCGCAGGAUGGCAGAGAUGUCUGCCCGGGACCUCCACCACCAGCAGCAGCAGCAGCACACGCAGCAGAGCGGAAACCAGCUGGCCACGCCCCCUCCACCUCUACCUGAAGACCACGAACAGUCCUCACAGUGGUUUGAGAGGAGGAUUGUGGGAGUUUGUGAGCGGAUGAUGAAGGGAGGAAGAUGGACGGGAGGAGGAGGAGGAGGAGAGAGGCUUCAUCACUCUGUCCGUCACCGAGGGAUGACACUGCUGCACCUGGCUGCUGCUCAGGGAUACACACACCUGAUACACACUCUGAUACACUGGAGAAGCGUGAACAGUGACAGUCUGGACCUGGAACAGGAAGUUGACCCUCUGAACGUCGACCACUUCUCGUGCACGCCGCUGAUGUGGGCGUGUGCGCUCGGCCACCAGAGGGCAGCAGAGCUCCUGUACAGCUGGAACAGUCUGGCCCUGGGGAUCCCUGAUUCGCUGGGACGCCUGCCGCUCGCGGUUGCUCGUUCCCGCGGACACACCCGCCUUGCCACCACGCUAGAGGAGCUGCACACGCAGCGCACACACGUGACGCCCCGGGACUCGCACACGCCUCCCACCGACACACACACUCCAGCCAUGCCACAGCCACAGCUUCCUCCUUCUCCUCUGUCCACCAGCCCCGACACAGGUUUGAGCUCUUCCAGCAGCCUCCCCUCCCCCAGCGACCCCUCCUCCCCCUCACCAAGCUCCGCCUACUCCAGUGGCCCCGCCCCCAUGGACACCUCCCCCUCCUCACCUUCGUCUCCCUCCUCGUCCUCCUCACUGCCUGUCUCCCCUCCCUCCCCCUCCUCCCUCCCUGCUGUGUCCAUGUGGAGGGAGGAGCCCAGCGCCGCCUUCAGUGCAGGUCUGACCCCCGGCGGCUCCAGAGACUCCCCCCUGUACCUGAUGGACUAUGAGAGCUCCGCCCACAGCCACGCCCACAGCCGACCGGCGACGCUAGAGGAGACACUGCUGAGCUACAGCGAGAACGCCGAGAACGAAGGCGAGGAGGAGGAGUACCUGGAGGAGGAGGUCCUGCAGGUCGACAUGGCAACGCUGGCGGAGCAGAUCAUCGAGGCGACUCCAGAGCGAAUCAAACAGGAAGACUUCCCCAGGGGGGCGGAGUCACCGCUCAGAGAGAGGCGGGACAACCCCGCCAUCCAGGACACCUGGCUGGCCAACUACCUGGAGACGGUCGACGCCCACACACACUCCCCGCCCAGGCGAGUGUGCCCCCCCUCUCCCCUCAGCGCUCUGGCCCUCCAGAGACUCCGCCCCCCCUCCUCUGCGGCGUGGGCAGAGUUCCUGAACGCCUCGGCCAAUGGGAAGAUGGAGAGAGACUUUGCCCUGCUGACGUUGACAGACGGCGAGCAGAGGGAGCUGUAUGAGGCAGCCAGGAUCAUCCAGAACGCCUUCAGGAGAUACAAGGGUCGGAGGCUAAAGGAGCAGCAGGACAUGGCUGCUGCCGUCAUCCAGCGGUGCUACAGAAAGUACAAACAGCUAACAUGGAUAGCUCUGAAGUACGCCCUCUACAAGAAGAUGACCCAGGCCGCCAUCCUGAUCCAGUCCAAGUUCCGGUCGUACUACGAGCAGAAGCGUUUCCAGCAGAGCCGGAGGGCGGCGGUCCUGAUCCAGCAGUACUACCGCAGCUACAAGGAGUACGAACGUCUGAAACAGGCGCCGAGAGGGGCCGCUAGCCACAACCCCAAGAUCAAAGGCUCCUUCCUGACCAAGAAGCAGGACCAGGCAGCCAGGAAGAUCAUGAGGUUCCUGCGGCGCUGCAGACAUAGGAUCAAGGAGCUGAAGCAGAGCAGGGAGCUGGAGAGGAGAGGCCUGACCACCUGAAGGUCCACCACGGAUCCACCUGUCCUCCUCAGAGCGCCGACCCUCAGCGCCGCCUGGCAGGCACAGCUCCUUUCUUUGCCCUGAGCGGAGUCUAGCAGGAAGAGAGCGGGUCGAGCCGUCGGUCCUGUCUGACUUCAACCAACACAGCAGUGAUCAACUUUAGCCUGAAGUCGAUCAUUUGUUCAGCUUCAGGAGAUCUGAACCCUCCUGUCAGACUCAGCUCAGGGCAGACGGAGCACAGUGGGUCGGAGGAGCUCAACGAAGCUAACGAAGCUAACAAAGCUACUUCUAUUUAAACACAAUCACUUAUAGAACGUUCUAUAUAAUAUAUAAAUCUAUAUAUUCUAAAGUCAAGUUUCUAGAUGCUCUGGAUGUUUAUUUAUUACAGCAUGAACCGUGUGUGUGUGUGUGUGUGUGUGUGUGUGUGUCUGUGUGUGUGUGUGUGUGUGUGUGUGUGUGUGUGAGGUCCAGUCUUAAGGACACACCUCUGACCUCUGGCUCACCUGAAGACGCUCUGACAACUCGGCAUGCUGGGUAACGUAGUGACUCAGAAGGCAGACCUGGGCGUAGUCCUCCUGAUUCCGUGUUCUGGUGACGCUGUGAGGUCAGACGGGUCCCUCCAUGUCUGGACUGUAACGAGUCCGGAACCCUGACGGCGACUCAGCAGCGGCGACGGCACUUUGUCUCCACCAAUCACUGCUGCUGCUGGGUUUCCUGCCACGCUGCUCGCAGUCCUGCUGUUUUUAUGACGUGUGCUUUAUUAGGCAGAGACUCAACGGUGCUGCGGUGAUGUCACGGUGACGUCGCAGCGCCGAGGCCCGAGCAUGAGCUUCGUUUCUACCUAGAAACAGUCGGUUGUUAUUGUUGAGCUGUUGCAGUGACGCUUUGCAUGAGUUUGUAUUUCAACGUUCUGCAUUUCAAACCUUUAAACCGAUCGAUAACUUUACCAUGGAGUCAUCAAUAAAUCAGCUGUUUGUUA